CCGCAACCUCAUCUACGAUUCGACGUACAACCAGUAUGCAUCAGGCUCUACUUGUCCCCGAAGUUGUCUUGCAUAUCUUCGCGCAUGUGAAUGAAUCGGGGAACCAUCAUAUGCCGAGAGACCAUUGUCUCGACAAACUCUUGCAGCGCUUGCAACCACAUGCAAAACCUUCUACGAGCCUGCAAUGGAUUUUCUUUGGUCUGACAUGAAUAGGUUACUACCACUGCUGGGCUGUGUAACGAGGUUGCAUCCAAUGAUAUACCCUACAACACAGCAAUCCUGGUCUCGGGGCAUCGAGCCACUAUCUGAGCUCGAGCGCAGUCAAUUUCUCCGUCAUUCCUGCCGUGUGCGCACCAUGAGCGUGUCAUCCGAUGAUGAUUUUCACCUCCUUCGUUCGUUCCCCUACGACACAUGCGUGUUUCCAAAACUGCAAUCAUUGUCCUGGGUGAUUAUAUUCACAAGAUACUUGCGCUUCUUCCUGUCCCCUACGCUGCGCAGUUGUUAUAUCGCAAUAAUUCAACCAGAUUUAGCUCGGCAUUCUAUCGGGACCCGCUGCCCUGCUCUGGAGGGCUUGGAUAUCGUGACAAUGGGGACCGUGGCACAGGCUCCACAUCUGUCUGAAACCAUCCGUUCAUGCAAGGCGCUCGUACGUCUGCAAUGUCCCCCGCUGAACUCGGCAGCAUGGAAGCACCUCUCCACUGUCCCUACCCUUCUUAAUGUGUCGAUAUAUCAAGAAAGCUUUUCGGGUUCCCUGUCCAGAUUGGACACGCACAAUCUCACUUUUUCAACUUUCCUCAACGUUACAACUCUUCGGUUUUGUUUUGCACCAAUCACAGACAUCAUCGCAGUCAUACAACAUUCAGAAUUCCCCUCGCUAAAAGAAUUUGAGUUGGUCGACCACAUUUUACCUGGGGCAGAACUUCUACCGCUUUUACGAGCGCUGUCACAGUGCAAAGCAUGCAAUACCCUUGAAAACAUUGCCAUUUCCGACGAUGAUCCAGAAGUUGAAGUUGACGAGCCCUCGGCCAACUCUUUUGCAGUGACUAGGGAGCUUCUUUGUUUCACGCAGUUGCGAUCCCUUCGGCUUCAUGUUCGUUGCUCCAUCAACCCUGAUAACGUCUCUAUUUUCGAAGCCACGUCAAGUUGGCCCCAGAUCCGCAGUUUGUCGUUGUCCGACCCGCAUCGUCGACCACCUCAAGUUACCUUCCGCGGAUUUUUCGCAGCGCUUAGUCAAUGUCCCCACUUGCAUGCCUUGCAUGUAGAAAUAGAUGUCGCAAACAUUGAUAUCAAUCCUAAAACCGAGUCAUUUCAACACACCUCCUUGAAAAGUAUUGGCUAUUACUCCUCUCCGGCAGUAAAUGCUGAAGCUGUCGCUCACAUCAUUUUCACCAUGCUCCCCAACGUUCAGCUUGCGGACACUUGGGGCGACGUUAAAACGCAUCUCAAAUCCCUCAAAGCUUCUUCCAGUUUGCAAGGUACAGACGGUGGCUAACGCGAGUGAAGAGGCACAAGACGAGCAAAUAAAGGCGAUGGUAUCGUUGAUUCAGUUGACCGUGGCUGUUCAUGUAGUUCCGAUGAUGGCCACAGCUUCAGUAAAUAGAUCUCAUUCCCAUUGACAAUCGAUCUUCAUCGUACGUAUCACAUAAGACCAUUGUUUAUCACAACCUGUAGUCUCAAACACUCCCUUCAUGAAUCCCGAUCCGCUGGCCCUUUGCGAUGCUCGAUCAUACG